AUGUUAUCUUUGGUUAGUUUGUUAAGGGAUUAUGAUUUUGAUGGACUUGACCUGGAUUGGGAGUACCCUGCAAACCGUGGCUCACCACCAGAGGAUAGAGAACGCUUUACAAUCCUUUGUGAGGAGAUGUUAGCAGCAUUCGAGGAAGAAUCAGAGCAAACGGGACAGCCACGCCUGAUGCUGACCGCAGCAGUGGCAGCCGGUAAAGAUACAAUAGACACCGCUUAUGAGGUCGACAAAUUGGCUUCUAUUCUCGAUUUUGUCAACCUAAUGGCGUACGAUCUUCAUGGAAGCUGGGAAAACGUCACUGGGCACCACACGGCCCUAGUGGACCCCUCUGGAAGUACAUUGACGGUCACAUUUGCAGUGGAAUAUUGGCUAAAUCUGGUACAAUUUCGCAUCUUUUAUUUUAUGUUAACUCUAUAGAAUAAUUAAACAACAAAAAAAAAACACAAAAAAAGAAGUUGCAAAAAAGGAAAAAAAAACAAACAAACAAUCAAAGAACAACAAGAAGAGUUAAAACACUUAAUUAAAUGCUUAGUUAUAUUAUGAGAAUUUAAUGUGACGAGGCCUUUGUUAACACGUGUAAUCUGAUGAUGAGCGGUAGGCUGUAAAAAGUAAUGUAUCAUCCACCAAAAAUAAUUCAAAUUUUUAUUCUUUCACAAUAUUUCCCCGAUUCUAAUUGGCUAAAAGCACACGCAUAAUUCGCCAUAACCAGCUACUGAUCACCAAAUUUGGAAGAAUUUUGCGAUUAAUCAACCGAUGUCGUGAAAAGCGCAGCUUCCUUGCAGGUUAACCCAUCGUUAACCGAGAAGACCUGGGGAUGAGGUUGAGUUGUUUUGGUUGUGAAAACAAAAAUGUCGGACAUUUCACUCGUUUCAAGAGUAAGAACUAGGCCAAAUAAUAGCUAAAAACAUGGCAAGAACAUCAAGAAGACAACUCGAAGGGCGACAUGUGCUAUUUAGGGGUGAUGAAUGGUCCAUUAAAAUUUUUAACCGCUCGCAAAAUUUAAACGAGUGCUCUCUUGCUCGUGCUCCCCAAAUUUUUGCAUUUGCUCGCAUGCUCGCUUUCUUGUCAGUAUUGCUCGAAAUUUUGUAAAUCCUUCUUUGGGUUAAAGUAAAUGUAAUUCUGUAUGGUGCUUAAUUCCUAUAAAUAUGGCUAUCAAUGCAAGCUCAGAGGAAAUGCACGCGAUAAAUGACAACGGUGAAUAAUAAAUUAGCUAAUCUAGCUAUAUAUGGUUAAAAAGAGAAGAUAUUGUUACCUUUAAUUCUUCUGAGUUUCUCUACCUCUCUACUCACUGGGCUUUAAUUAGGCCGUGUUUUCAAUAAAAACGGUUUGGAAGCUUUAGGAUUCUUCCAGACUUGUUCUUGUUUGAGUUGAAAUACUCGAUGAGAAGAGUCACCAAGGCUUUCACAUUCAGCCUCGUUCCCAGGGUUCUCUCCUACCAGCCCUACGGGUGGGAGAGAACCCUGGGAACGAGGUCUUUUCACAUUUAUUUUGCUCACGUAAUCUCAAUGUACAGCUUCUAUUUUACGUUGAAUUCGUUUUAAAGCCUCCAGGGUAAUUCUUGUUCCCGAAAUAGUCUCGGAGGAUGGAACACCAUGAGGGCCUUCCGCAGAUGUUCUGCCACCGUUGUAAAAUAUUUUCUGUUUUUUUUUUUAAAAAAAAAAGGAUUUCCAUAUGGAUUGUUGCAAGCGGAAAAUAUAAGAAGUGCUCCCUGCUUGCGAUUUGUACUGUCUAAGCUGCUCGCUGCUAGUAAAGCAAAUUUUUUAUCUCUGCUCGUGCUCACAAAAAAAUCGCAGUGCUCGCGUGCUCGCGAAUGCUCGCAAAGUCCAUUCGUCACCCCUCUAUUUGGAGAAUAUUUGCGGGGCUGAACAACCCUAAAGGCGCACUACCGAGGAUGAACUUAACAUCGAUGGAGGUAAGCAUGCUGUAGCUAUGUUUUUAAACUAGGAAUUAUUUUGAAUGAAUAAUAUAAUAAAACAAUUAUUGAAUUCGGCUUUCGAAUCAGAAGAAGAAUUACGGAGAUCUCGGAGGGUGUUACCCGCCGAUAACACCCUCGUCGAUCUCCAUAAUUCCUCAUAAGAUACUCAGCCUCAUUCAUUAAUUGUUUAAUCAUAACUAUAACAAAAUUGUCAAAUCUGAUUGGCUAUCAACUGCCCUGAUUUCAGCCUUAAUUGGACAGUUUAAUAGGACAGUACGCGUCAUGCCUAAGUAAUUGGACAGUACGCGCCAUCACGCGCGCGCUUAAAUGGCUUUUUUUUUCACUGCUAGCAAAACAAAAUUUGGAAUUUCUUGCGUUUUGAUUUAAAAAUUAGCCUAUUAUAUCAGAAAUUUUGUUAAAGUUAUGAUUAAUUGGUAACAGAACUUCGUGUCGUCCAAUUCGGUCUGUAAUCAUACUCGUGAUUAAACAAAUCAGACUCCCGCUACGCGGUCGUCCGAUUUUGUUAAUCACUCGUAUGAUUACAGACCGAAUUGGACUCCACUCAGUCCUGUUACCGUUACAAAUAGUACUUGUAAAUUCAUGACCCUCUUGUACAAAGCCAACAUUAACGGAGAACCUACCAUGAAAACUAGGUACAGUCUCGAUAAAGAUUGAACGUUCUUGAAUCUUAGGGAUACUUAUUACUGCUCUUUUAAAUUCAGUAGCUUUACCAACUGGGUAUAGUAGGCUCGAUGCAGUUUAUUAUGGCAAUUAUUUCAAAAGCCUCUUCUUGUCUCUGACGAACAACUGGUUUUGUCUUCUACUAUAUGACCUCAUGAGACCAAAAGCUAGUUGGCCAUCCAACAUUCACAUAGUACUUUUCUCGUUGAAAACGCGAUUAUUUGUUUUUUUGCCAAAGAAAGACAAAAAGAAGAAAUAUAUAUUUGGCAACUAGAUGCUAAAAAAAAUCACGUCAUAUAAACGUUUCAGCGAAUCUUGUUUUACAGCUAGCGAAGUAGCCUGCAAACGCAGACGUAUUACCGAUCGCCCGUUCUCACCACCCGAAAGUGUUUCAACUUUUAUCAACUUUCAUAUCUAAGGAAUGUAAUUCACACCCUCUUCAGUCCCCUUUCAUCAUCAAUCAAUUUUUUAUUUUGUAUUUUUAUGACUACCGCGACCUUUUCCAUACACAGGGCAUGCCGAGCGAGAAAAUCACAUUAGGAUUGGCAUUGUAUGGAAGAACGUUUACACUUUCAGACCCCAACGAAAACGCGCUGGGAGACCCGGUCACUGGUGCUGGCGAAGCUGGUACCUACACAGGAGAAGGUGGAUUUUGGUCCUCCUACGAGAUUUGUACAAUGGGGUUGACUGUGGUAGAAGACACUGAAGUGGAAGCCCCAUAUGGAUAUCUCGAUGAUCAGUGGGUUGGAUAUGAUGACCAAACCAGCUUGUUACUGAAAGUUAGCACACUCAUUGAAGAAAAAAAUCUUCUAGGCGCCAUGUUCUGGGCCCUUGAUCUGGACGACUUUCAAGGAGACUUCUGCGGCGAAGGAAGGUAAUGUAUUCCCGAAGUCACCUUGCUUUCCAUUCAUCAAGAAUUACUUAAUUGUUUCUCUUGCACUUGGGGUUACUGAAGUCUCUUGGAAAAAUACGGAAACAAACACUAGUUACCGUAAGUUAUGAUAGAGACCUUUAGAUUCUAAAACGAGAACAACUACGAGAACAAAUAUUUUCUCAAUACUUGGUAGUGGGCGCGCGUGAAGCCGUGUCACAGAGGGGAAAAAAGGCCGUCGUCAAUCUGCUACGGGUUUUUACAUAGCGAAAAUGUCGUAGUGAUGGAAACAAGCUAUCAACGGUAAGACUAUUUAUCCUUAUAGAAAGGAAAAUAAAAAUAAAAAUUAAAUAAAAUGAAUUGAAGCAAAGCCAAAAACCAAGAAUGACAAAUUUUCUUUAACACCAAUCACAUGAAUACAAAAAUAGAGUACGCACAAAGUAGGCAUGAAAAAUAUAUUACAUCUAGCUCAAAGUGUCCGAAAAUAUAUAUAUAUUUUUUCAAGUCACUGGCCAUUUACAUAUUUUGGCCAAUCUUGAUUUCUGUUUUGUUAACCCUACAAUGGUUAACAUACAAUGGUUUGUUUGUUGUUUUUUGUUAUGAUUCCUGCACACACAUCACUCUGAUCAUGAGUUACGGUAGGAAAUGGCAUAAUUCAUUGGGUCAAUGAGCGACCACCGUUGGUUAUUGAAUUGUCGCCCAAAAUAGAUUGUAAUGAAAAACAAGUAAAAUACCUUUUUCUUGUCUUAGUUAUCCGUUAAUAAACGCAGUGAACGACGCUUUGGAAGGCGAACCAACCCCUGGCCCAUCUACCAUCCCACCUGAAAGCACCUCACCUGCUAGCACCUCACCUACCGUUUCUCCAACUACCUCUGGUGAAUGCCAUGCAAUAGGAGUAUGGGAAGACGUUCCUGGUAUGGAUGAAUGGUGCAAUGAGAACUGUCCGGCAAAUUGUCCAUCGGAUAUGUGCGCUUGUGAUUAA